UGAAGCCUGGCUGGUCCUAAGCGGUUGUCUGUAUGUUAGCUGAGGCACGUGCCACAUGCGUGUUUCACUGGGCUGCGAGGCACGGACAGAUGCUUUAUCAUACAGACUGCUGCAGUAAUCCUAUAGAGGCACACGCUUCUGUGCUUUGCUAUAUGGUGAUGGCAGAAAUCUCCAGCGUGUUUGGGUUUCUUUAAGGGCCUACACCUUACAUACAGACUUCUGCAGUUCAAAAAAUUCAGUUUGAUUGCCCACAGCAUGCAGUGUGCAGUCUUUCCUGCCUGGAAGUUUGGCUCAGGUGUUGAUAAGCCUUGAAAAGUACUGAGCCAGUACGUUGCUGUGCGCCUCUCAGGCUGUGAGCAAUACAGGUAGCCGUCACUGCCUUUCUGAUGCAUCGGCCUGAAGAGUGCGCUUGGCAGCGUGUGGCUUGUUUGGUUCUCUGGAGUUCCAUAGUGGUGAUCCAUGCGAAAUUACCAACACUUUAAUGCACAGACUGGUAGUGUGUAGCUUGUAUGGUCAGUGGGAGUUAGCCAUGUGCAGUCCAUCCGAGCACAUCUGAGUCCAGUCCUUUACGCGCAGCUUGGGGAUUGACCUCCAACACACGCAUCCUUAACACUUGCUUUCACUAUAACAUUAAUUAGAACAGUUACUGCUUGUGAAGAGCGUCUUGGGUGGAGAUUUUUUCUAAAUUAUAGCUUAAGCACUUUGAAUUUAUUUCACUUUUUAAGCAUACAUUUAUGUUUUAGGUUCUUCUGCCACGGUUGAUGAUAGCCCCAUGUUUUUGCAUGGACAUUUAGAGGUGUCUUCAUGAGCCUGUAUUUCCAGGGCACCAUGAGCUUGCUGAACAUCUGAGAACUGUCUUUUUACAGUGACUGAGAGGCAGGGAACUGCUGUUUUUCAGAUCCUCAGUGUAGAAUGCAGAAGUGCUGGAAUCCCUUCCUCUGUUUGGUGUGUAGAAAGGAAACAGUAAUAAAAAGGCAUUUGCAGAAGGCAGUGAGAGUGCCUGCUUAUAUAUGUGCCUUCAUACUGCUGGAGACUUAGAGUUCUGGAUGCACGUAGGCCUCAAUUUGACCUUGGGAGCAAGAAAGGUCAUGCGCUUUGCCGUAUGUGCCCCUACUGUUGUGUGAGUUCGCUGACAGAAAUCCUUUGAUGAAUCACUGCUUGUGCAGACAGCAGUAACUCGCUCUGUUUGAAUAAAUCCUCUGAGGCUGCAGAUUGCAGAGGGAGCCGCAAGUCUAAAGGACUCUGAGGUUUGUGCAGGGGAUGUUCCUCUGCAUGUCUACACUGUGGUCUGUGCAAAUUCUUGGAAGAGAAGACAUCUACUGACUUUACUCACUGCUCACGUCUGCCCAUGUUUCUGCAGUUGGGUUUGUUUUAUGCCAUGGAAGACUCCUUUCUAAGAUGACAGUUGUGGCCGAAUAUUUCAGUUGUUUUUUGUUUCAGAAGUGCUAAAAGCAAUGUCAUUUGUGUCUAGUGAUAGAGCUUGUUUGCUCUCUUGACCUUAUGAAAGCAUCUGCUCCUUAAGAAGCAGUAACCUGUUGUGUCUUGCCCAGACACAGAUUACAAGGCAAUGCAGAAGCCUCCUUUAUGUCACUGGGACAACACUCUUACCUCAUUUGAUGUCAUGUAUUUGUUCAUUUGAUCUACAGUCAGAAAAAUAAUAUGAGAAAAAGGAAAAAGAUACAAGAGCAUGUAGUACAAACUGUAAGGGACUGAUGAAACUAUGUUGCUUUUUUGGGUUGGAGUUACAGAUCUUAGGAUUAGUGGAUUCAGUUCUGCUUCUGAGUUCUGUAGCAAAACUCCUACUAACUUUGGCCUGACCUGAAUCAGAUGUUUCAACUCUGUUACCAGAACAGUAUUUACUCAGUCUUUUCUAAGUUACUGUCUGGAGACACUGACUGUGGUCAUAGCAGUAGCCCUGCUGACUGUGUGCUUGUUCAUUCUGCUCAUUCUGCUGUUAUGUUUCACACAUGCACUGCCAGUGAUCUUCAAAAAAAAAAAAAAAAGAAAUUUUGUUUUCUUGGUUUGGACACUGCAGUUUAUAUAAUACAUAUUAGAAGUGCAAACACUGCUGACAAAAGUGCUGUCUAAAGGUUCCCCUUUGGUUUUUAAUAUCACAGCAGCUUCCCAGAUCUUUCUUGAUGCCCCUCUGUGCCUCAGUUAUGGCCUCAGAAUGGGAAAUAAAAACCGAGCCAGCCUCAGCGCACGAGGCAGAGAAACUGUGUUAUGGCAGUCGUAUUUAAAUAUGGUAAUUCACGUACAAUCUUAAAAAUCCUCAUGUCUGUAGAAUAAAAUGUUGCAUAAUGUAGUUUUCCUGUGUGAAGAUAGUUAUUAACUAGGUUGUUUUAAUGGUGCAGAUAAAGUGGUUGUUUAAGUUAACGUGUUCGCUGUUCAUGUAGGUGAUUUCUUUGUCCUCAUAUUUGAGAGCUCUGAUCUUUACAUCACUUUUUAGAAACUAAAUCACAAAUUCUGUAAUGCUUGCACAAGCUCUUCUGAAAAAGAAAUGAAUGCAAUCUUUCUUUGCACUUCCCAAACUUUCUUUCAUAAGAUAAAAGGAAGUCUCUCAGCUAACCGCUGGCGUUAUCAUUUCUAAGUCUCCAAAUCCUCCUUUACUGUUUUUCCAGCAAGCUACUGUGAGCCCAGAAGGAAAGAUCCAAGAAAAAUAAUUACAAUAAAUGCACGUGCAAUGUUUGUACUGGGCAUAAGGUCGUCAUAAGGUCAUUCAGGAACCAUAGUCAGCUACUUCACGCAAAGAAAGCCCAAACAAGCACCCAGAAAAAGAGGAAUGAGGAUUGUCUCCAUCUUUAAAAGGCACCCAAGGGCAGACUUCGUAUACAAGCAGGACACGUAUUUUUAUGCCCUAGCGCAUGUUGACCUCGAAGACCGCAGGGAAAAUUUUGGAGGCCUGUAUCUGUGACCCAGUGGAUGGAUCAGUCUGUGAGUGGAACUCGUGUUCCCCCCAGACGGGGCUCUGAGCCCUGCUCAGAAGGGUGCCUGCAGCUGGCAGCGUAGGCUGAAGGAAACCUCUCUGACACUGAUGUUCUUGCUGAGAGCAGCGGUGCCAAUAAUAGGUAAUAGUCCCAAGGGAAUUUACCUGCUUUUCUGUUUUCUUUCAGAAAUUACUGCUUUAAAGAUAACAAUUUAUUCUGUUAUACAAAUCUGAGUACUGAUGUGUUGUGGUUUCUCACAUAACAGUGAUGUGAUCCCCAUUACACCGUGUAUAGUUUUAAUACCUGUUGCAGCACUCCUGCAUAUGUAGUGCUUGUGUUUUGUACCUCAGAAUUUUGAUUUCUCCCACCUGAUGAUCCGGAAGCCUGAUUCUUUUUUUUUUUUUUUUUUUUUAAUUUUUUUCUCUAACAAUUAGUUACUCCUGUGCAAACUGGAAGUAAAAUACAGCUCAUGACCUCUGAGUGGAGAGUUCUGAUUUGAUAGUCCCAUGCUGUCCCAGUGCAGGAAUAGAUAACCAUUCUAGGUGCCAGGCAGUAGAGGAGCAAAGCUGUAAGCCUGUAACUGUAGGUUGUCACUUUCUAAAAUGUGGAGAGUGUGUAGUAUUAGACUGCAACAUGCAGUGUCUGUUUGGUGGGGAUUGGUUGUUCCAUGUUUUUUUUUGGUUUUUUUUUUUGUCUUCUACUCUCCCUGGUUUCACCAUGGAACUAAUACACAUGAACCACAUGGAAUUAGCAUACGUGGUCCACAGCCGCAAGCAGGAGGCUGUUGGGUAUUCAAAACUGCUCUUCAUCAGCACAUGCCAUGUUGUGUCCUCUGGCUGGCAGGGAUGCUGCUGGCAGUGAAUGGCAGCCCUCUGUAGUGAAAAGUCCUGAGGCAUUUGCCUGAAUUCCAAGAUGCUGUUCUGCAAUACAGUAGAGGAAGAGAUACUUGGCUCUCAUUAUGAGCUGCUUACUUUGUGUUUAAGUAUUCUGGUUCACUGUUGUGCUGUGUUCAGCAGCAGCACAAUCAGUAAUGUCUGUGGGACGUUUGCUCUGUAAGGGACCAGUGAGAGGUGGGCCCAGAAGAGAAUACAUUGCUGUUAUUGUUACGCAUUAUCUUCACAAAAAAAUUGAAAUAUUUUUGUUUCCAAGCUUUAGGAUUCAUGUUGUCAACUACAGUGAUUGUGAAGUCAUAUCCCUCAUGUAAAGUGCCAUAGUGCCUUGUGCUUUCUAUUCACAGUGAAUCAUCCUAUUAUUGCAGUCAUGUUUGCUUUUCCUCAGAAGUUGUUCAGUACCAAUACUUGUUUAAAAUAAAGCAAAACAGUCAUCCAGACGAUUGUUACGUUGUAGUCAGAAGCCAAGCUGUGGCACUGAUUUUCUUUCUGCGUUCAUUAAUCAGUGCCUGCCAAACACCAACAAGUUCCUCAUAAGUUCUGUAUUCCUAUGUCUCUGAGCAGUUUCAUAGCUCAGCCCUCUUACCACCCUCUGCUAGAAAAUUCUCAUGAAGUCGUGGAGGGAGACAGUAAGUUAAAUGAAGGGUCAGUUCAAGUUCUAUGUUUUAUUUUCUGAUUUGUAAUAAUUGUGCAUAAGCACUGCCUACUUCACUGUGGCAUACAGUAUAUGUGUCAGUUCAGUGUCGUUAUGCAUUUCACCUACAGUAUGUUUGAAAUAGUAUAUGCUGAGGAUUUCUGUAUUAAAAGAUAGAAUUCUAUUUUGUAUUUCUGUUUCAGCUUGUGGGCAACAUAUUUACACACACACUUCCCUGACUUGAGUGUUAGCUGGCUUUUGAGCUUAUGUUCCAUUUUUACUCUUAAACUGCACUUAAAGCCAUGUAAAGUUUAAAAAAAAAAAAGUGAAGAUGACAUUUUUCCACAUGAUUAUUGUUAGUGGUAAAAGCAUAAGGCAAAACUGUUAUGUAUAUAUGAGAACAUGGAUGCAGUAAUUGGUUCUGAGGCAGUAAUACUAGCUGCAAGGAGAGACUUUAGGCAGUGUCUCAGUACCACUUGUGUUUAAAUGCUUUCUGAUUAUGUGUUUGUAAAAAGAACUGGAGUACUACAAGCAGCCCCAGGCCAACUGUGCUUCAGCUGCUGGCUGUUCGCAGUGCUGCUUGAGCUCUUCCCAAAGGGCGAGGGCAGUUCUCUCUCACACACACACACCCCCAGGUGCACAGGAGACAUGCAUGAGAUGUGCAAGCUGCCUUUCCGUGCGUUUUGGUCACUUAAAGAUUUGCAGUUGUGUAGCUGAAUGUUGAAUAUGAAAGUAGUCUUGAGGAAAUGCAUGAGCCUCACAUAGGUAAUAAUUCUGCUGCAAUUUCUCGAGGCCACAAACAUUUUUAUGUCAUGAAUUCGAUCUCUCAGUCUUCGCUGACACAUCUGUGCCAUCUUUUUUUCAUACUGGCUUUGACCUUUUCUGCACUAUUGUCUCCAUUUUCUUAUGUCACGUAUGCAAAGAGGUUCAAAAUGUAAAUGAGAUUUAGCUUAAUGCAUACUUUGAGAUAACUUCAACAGUCUGAACAGGUAGGUGGUCAGAAUUAUUUUUAAGAGCUAAUUAAUUAAUUCAUCUUACUCAACAGGGAACGUUUAGAAUAAAUGAGUAACACCGAGGCUGUUCUUCAGAGUUACCGUGGAGUUUUUUUCUCACUAAGCUUGAUAGGGCUACACAUUGAAUUGCAAAAGCUGAAUUAUGUCACAGCAGACUGGCAUCAUUCCUGUAGAGGUUUCUUUUGUUUCAGUUGCUGAGAUGCAUGGGGCAUUUUUUGCAGCUUGGAGCUCCGUGACUAUUUCUGGAACAUUUCAGUUAUAUGCUGAAGCAAUUAUUUUUUGAGGUUGAGGUGCCUUGGCUUCUGUGGGAUCCACAACCCGCGGGAGGGCAGGAAACCUCCACACUGGAAGUUGUAGAGUUCCUGGGAGCCUUUGGGGUCAGAUUCUCCUUGUUCUGUCAUGAUAGAUCAGCGCAGUUGUGACACUUGAUAAAACUCAGUUUCUCUAUGCAUAGAAUCAUAGAGUGGAAUCACAGAGCCGCUUAGGUUGGAGGACACCUUAAAGAUCAUGUCAUUCCAACUCCCCUGCCAUGGAGGAAUCACUUUUCCAAAAAGUAGUAGACCACAUCUCUGCCUCCAAAUACUAUGAUGUUAGAAUAAUGUAAUUACCUAAUGGGCUAACUUCUUGCGUUUUUCUCUUUUUUAAUAAGAAGUUUUCCAGGUGCUGUGUUUAUGGCCUUAGGUGUUUAAGGCAAGCCGUCUUUUUCAUUUCUGAUCAUUAAAAUGCGGUAAUGCAGUAGAACAAACCUGCUGUUUCCUCUUGUUUCCUGUCUUUGUGUUUUGUACUUGACCCUUGAUUUAAGAAGCCACCCCUGUCUAUCAUGAGUUUCAAAGGACAUUCAUAAUUCAUUUCACUUUGGCAUUUAUGUGUUCUUCAGUUUGCUUUAGGUGUUGCUCUGGUUCACAUCAUAGUCGUGACUCAGUGUCUGUGUAGUUGCUGUGGGGGUUUCAUCUCUAGAGGGCAAUUCUUGAAUUGCCCAAAAAAUAUUUUUUGAUUUUUGGAUAACAUUAAGACUUUUAUUUUCACAAAUUAUUUCCACCGCUGCACAAAUCUGUACAUCACCAAAUCCCAUUUACCUCCUCAUAUUAAGGGUAAUUGUUGAAGUAAAUAUCAUUCGGAUCUCUGUUGUAGGCCUUUUUUAUGUGGCUGAAUUUCAUUCAUUGUAUUUUGAUGGAUGCAUAAUUCUGAAGCCUGAUCUAACCUUUCCUCAGAUCCUAACAUAAUACAAAGCAACAUUAUAGUACAGAAACACAGCUCUAGCUGCAAAUACAGGGAAUGUAAUUUCCUUCCAGCUAUCUUCUGUUUUCCCACAGAGCUGUUGAGUGUAGGAAGAAAUGCUCAUGGUGUUGGUGAACAGUACAGUAACUACAGAGAAGCUCUUUUUCUAAUGAAAUUACCCCCAUCCUGCAUGGCCGUCAUACAGCGGAUGGCAGCUCGUUAUUGAAAUAUUUCUCCAUAGCAACAACCUAAGGGAUUUCCUUUAGGUGUUGCUGCACCUUCUGUGUAACAGUUGCCAUUUCUGGAACACUUUUCUCCAACAGACUUCAAUAUAUGAACCAAGUAGGAAUCUUUCUUGCCUGAAAUAUGCUGGGCAGGUAUUACAGGUUGUUAAGCCUCACGUUGCUGCUAAGUGAGCUUCAGCAUACCAGCUAAUUUUAGAAGAGCUGAUAUCUCUCACAAACGGGGAAUAAGGUCCUGUGAAUUUAUAUAUCCACUGCAAGUGUGCAUUAUCAUGUUAGUGACUGGAGAACCUAAAUAUAUGCAGGUGAAGCAAUGGUCUUGUAAGAAAAAAGGCCCCAUGUUGUAAAUCAGGGGACACCCCUGUGGGAAACCAGUUACCUGUCAGUCUUCGAAACUGCUUGCCUACAGCUCACCCAUUAUGACUAAUACUUCACAAAAUCACAGAACUGUAUUUGCUGAAAGGGACCUCUGGAGAUCAUCUAGACCAACUCUCCUACUAAAGCAGGUUCCCUAGAGUUGGUUGGACAGGAAUAUACUUGUAAUAUACUAAUACUUGUAGAAUAUGGACAAGUAAAACUUUAGAGCAGCAGUGGUUUCCUAUCUCAUUUCCUUAGGGACUUUCUUUUUAAGAUUUUUUUCUUAAACAGGACGGGUGGUUUCAGAGAGUGGUCAAAAAAGGCUGUACCUUCCCUUGUUGAUCAUGGAGAAAUUUGUACCUUAGGAAGACUUCCUGGGCAUGGAACCUAUAUUCUUUGGAAAGAAUAUUUCCUAACAAAGAGAGAAGAGGAUUCAGGACGUUUCUUCUUUGCCUUUUAAAAUAUACUGAAGGCUACGAAAUAAAUUUAUUUCGGUUUCAUAAAUAAACAGUUUUCUACCUGCUUGCUUGUGCAUUCCUUUUAGUACCCAAGGUGAAUGAGGCAUGUAUGUCUGACUGCUUACACGUGACACAAUGGAGAGAUGAACAGUACGAUAGGAUACACUUGUCAAAUAUAAGCAUCUGUGGCUGAAUCCAGGGAGCAUCUCAUUUAUUCUGACUACUGGCCAAGAGAGCCUACUUAAACACUGAAUUUCUCCUUGCAGACAAGUGGAGAGGACUUUACAAGGAGCACUUUGGAGUACUUGACUGACGUGCCAUCUUUUCUUUGUGUGCAGGUUGAGCAUCUUCAUAAGGGUGAUUUAGCAGUCCUCUUCAAGAGGAUGAAAAGCCAACUGGUAGAAAGCACUAAGACCCAGGGUGAAUCUGCUGUAUAUUUUACUCAUUAAAUAAUAAACUUAACAGUAUGCUUACCUAAAACUUAACUCCAGGUGUCCAGAGUUGGUAUGUCCUCCCCACUGGCAUUCUCUGUGAGCCUGUCAGAGUCAGAGCAUAAGGGUUCAGGCGCUUGCCCAGGAGUUGAGCGGGUUGCCUGUUUGGCCAGGCUGCAUAUUUAUUUCUAGAUUAUCAAAGAGUUAUUUGAACAAGAGACAUACUUACCUUUGUCUUGGUGUAACAAGCACAAGAAUUUUGUCUCUUUCAUUUUUCAGUUAUAUUUUCCGAAAAUCAAGUUUCUUUUUUAUUCUUUUGUCUGCUGUUAGGAACUGGUUGUGUUCCACCUGCACUAUUGAAUCGUUGGUCUAGAACGCUGAAAUCAUGCAAUUUAGUUGGAGGAUCAAUGAGGUGUCAUUUCUUUCUCAGUCUAAAUUAUAAAAGACAGAAGUCACAGGAUGCAUACACAAUUUAUUAUACUUCAUAGUUUGCUUCUGGUGAAUAUAUUUUAGUGGUAAUAUGGUAGGUGUAAAGGUUCAUUUGCCCUUUUAUAUAGGGGCAUAUACUGUGUAUUACUAAUGUUUUCCUUUAUUACUUUAUAAUGUUUACCAAAAGCAUUGUAAGUGCUUUGUCCAUAUUUAUUUAAAUAUCUUUUGACUGUUGCGUGUCAUAAUGCUUCUGAAGCUUGAAAUCGAAUCCCCUGCAGCAUCAGUUCUUCAAAGAGAGAUGCACAUGCCUAAUUUUAUGCACCGUGAGUAAUCUCAUUGGCUUCAGAAAAACUGCCCAAUGCAUGAAUUUGGUUCAGUCUUUUUAGGAGCAGGGUCUGUUUUUUUUACUGUGUUGAAUAGCAAGAGGUUGGUGUUGUUAUCUUUAUUUGAAAAACAGAAAUGAAUGUUUAUGUUAGAUCCAAUUCACUCGCUUGUCUAAGACUUGUAAAAAGUGACCUUCAGGAGAGAGAGGAGAAUAAUAUGUAACUACCAGCUUGACCAUGUCUUCUUGACAGUGUUGUCUCCAUGUACCACACACUACCUCACCUCACAUUUUUUGCAAAGUUAUUUUUUAUAUAGGUAAAUGCGCACAGGCAUACACACACACAGCUUCCUUGGUGAACUGCGCUGUUGCUAUCUUUUUCUUGGGCUGAGAUGUAAUACUGUGGCCUGAACUCUGGCUACUUGCUUUGCAACUCUAUCUUUUUGUGUUCAUUCUUGAGCAUGACCAUUUCUUAAAUGUGAAAAAAAAUGGGGGGAAAUAUCACCUGAGGGAAGCCAAGCAUUGGAGCAGGUUGCAUGAGAUAGUUGUGUAGUCUACACCUUUGGAGGUUUUCAGACUGGACAAAGCCUUUAUCAUGUUGCUGUGAACUCAGUGUUGUCCCUGCUUUUAGAAUAAGAUAGGGCUCAGUAAUUUUCAAGGUUCCUUUCAGUUUUUCUGUGAUUCACUGGGGUGUAACUAAAGGUAUAACUUCUAGAACAGCAGUUACCAGAUUUUUUGUUGGUACCUCCAUUUUCAGGUCUGAGAUUAAUUUUCACAGUGGGAAGUUGCACAGGGGGUUCCAGCCCCGGACCUCAGCACCCCAGCCCCUCGUUUGAGGAACUGCAGAACUUACAGCGUUGCAUCUCCAGGGUGAAAUUGAUCACUUCAUGCUUAAUGCUUAACAUGUUUAGUACUUGCAGCCUGAAAGAGUAUAUAAUUUGGGGGCUCUUGAAGAGGGCUAUUGAGGGUAUGCUGAGGUAUGGAGAGGUUGGGCAACCAUUUGAAGGAGGUGGCCGGCCUUGGAUUGGGAACAGUAGAAGUGGCAGCCUGCACCUGCGGAAAGUUCUCAAGCAUUUCUCGGAGUACGUAUUAACAGGCAGCAGACUCAGCUGCACCUUGUUUCUAUGCUUUACCUUCGCUCCUGCCUCCCAUACAGUCUGUUAAGAUUCUAAAGAGUUUUUUUGAGCACAGUUCCUGCCUUCAUCCCUCUCCCUACCUUGGUUAUCCCAGCCAUGUUCUCUAGUUUCCCUGAAGUAUGCCCUUCGUACCACAAUACUGUCUGGAAGUCAUUUUUCCCUGUUUAAGUAGUACUUAAACUUGAUAGGACCGUAUGGUACAGAAAGAAACAUGAAAAAACUUAGCUUUCAAGGGUGUUUAAUUUUUCAACUGGCAUAACAAUUACAUUCCACAACUAAGUUGUUCCUCUUUGACUAUUUAUUCUUGUUUGUAUGCCCAAAAAUAUUCACUGAGAUGCCUUGUAUUUUAUUAACAAGACUAGUGUUAUGGAUUUCUAGAAGCUACUUACGUGAACAGCAAGCAGGAUAAAACAUAUUUGUCUACAACUGUUGACAACAUCUGAUGCAGUGUUCCUGGGGUCAUCUAAUAGUAUUAAAAAAGGGAAGUUAAGCUUCCUAGUAUGCAUCUUUAUACUCAGUAUAGGAUAAAGUAGAAUAUACUUUGUAAUCUAUUGAUAUUGAUGAGUUUUUUAUCCAAUGUGAUAAUUAUUUUUGCACAGUAUUAGCCCAGAGUUACUUAAUCUCUUAGCAAGUUGUUUAAAAGGAAUGGUUUGUGGGAAUGACAGUGACAGUAGGUAAGUAUUACAGAAGACAGAAUUUAUUCUCAGCUACUAAUAGUGAUUUUGUUCUGAAACAACUGUGUUGAACUUCAUAUGUUGGCAUGCAGUUAACACAUAUUUGUCGGUGGGCCUAAGGGCAGACCUUCAGACUGUGAACUUCCCAAGAUUUUACUCUGAAAAUCUUGCAGUAGGCCAUGACAUUUAACAAAGAAGUGUUUAGUAUUCCAGCUCCCCAUAAUGAUUACAGGUUGGUUGAGUACUAUCUUAUUUUUUCCACUUUUGCUGCAGAUGCACGCAUGGUCAGAAUUACUGUUCCAAGUUCACAAGAAUGUAGCGGUCAAGGAACGUGCAGGGAUAGAUUACACUUAAGACAACACUCAGAAGAGGACUAAUCCGCUCAAACGUAAUAGUGCCCCCUAAGCUUUUCCAAAAAUUUUUCCCGACCAUCGCUUAUUCUGCUGUCAUUUCCUACACAGGUGUAUAAUUAUUCCAUAUUAAACUUCUGGGUUUGAGGGAAGAGCUACAUUUCAUGGUAGCCGGAUUUAUUCUAUGAAAAAAAAAAUUCCCGAACUGCUUGAGGGUGAAAUACAAGCAUCAGUAGAAACUUUCUAUAUUUCUGAAUGUAAACAUAAAAGCAAAUGUAUUUUUUACAUUGUAUGAUCCCAUGUCAGAGCUAUGGUGAUAACACACUUACAGCUUUUUUAAUGCUGCUUAUCUAUCGGAUCAUUGCAGCAGAAAAAAUCGGCUGAUGUGUCUUCUUGAAACUGAACGUGUGUUAAGUAGGGCUCGCAGCUAAGUGAGCAGUGUGAGUGAGAUCAACUCAUCACUCCUCCAUCCUCAACAGAUAGGCAUUUUGAGAUCCAGCUAUAUGUUGCUGCCAUCUUUCGUAACAAACAAGAUUCAUUACUGAUGCCAUGCUUUUCUUUCUCAUUUAUUCCUGAUUGACACAGAUUGCAGUAGAGGAGAAACGGUCCAUGCCCUAGUAUGAUGGGAUCAAACACCUUCAUGGUGUUAAAUGCUAUGUUAAAUGCAAGGUAAAAUGCUGCUAUUGCCUAAGAAGCAUUCACAAAAGUUAACUUAAACAGAGUGAUGAUCUUGCUUGGCAGCCUCUUGUCAAUGAAGAGAGACAGGUUUCUCCAGGCAACAGGUAAAUUAGUCUUUUGCUUUGAAUCACUGUCUGGAAGGGUCUUCCCCUCCUCUUCACUGUCUAGAUGAACAAGCUUCCCCAGAGUGAUUCUUUGCUUUGUGAGUCAUGUCCUGUGCUGUGAAGGUUAAGCUAAACUCUCCUGUGCAAUAGCUACCAAAAUCAGUGACAUUCCCUGACGGUGGGUAUGAUUCAAACAUAUUAGAAAACAGUGUUUGAAUAAAAUUGCAUCGGAAUCUUCCCUUCACAUCAGUCAAUUAUCACAUCCCACUGGCUGGGGAUAAUGUUUUACUGAAGGAUCUUGGGAUUUACCUGGCAUAUAAUCAGAGUCAUGUCAGUUUAAUAAACGUGCAAAAAAAAAUAUGGGACUAGCAUCAAUAAACAACAUUGAAUCAGUAUGGGGCACCAUGCUCACCUAUCCCAAUGAAGUAGAGAUCCCUCACAACUUAGCAGGCAGUGGGAACAGCUAAACAAUAUUUGACAGGAGAGCAAACAAAUUUCUUUAAAACGGCAUUUGCUUUCUUUACUGAGCUGGGCAGCUCCAUUUUUGAAGUACCCUCCAGCGAUGCUAUGUAGUCCAAACUAAAGUUGUGCAGCUGUUAGGUUUUGCUCUGAAGUAGUAUCAGUGGACAGAGUGCCGAUAGUCUCGGAGUGGUUUGUCCAACAUAAAUGUAAAUGUUAAGACAUUUUUAUUUCUCUCCUUUUUGUUUGUUUGUUUAUUAAGUGACUGUUGUAUAUUUAACAUUUUGGCAGAAAUCACCUUAGCCUUUCAGGCCUCAGUGAGAUGAACUUUUUACUAUUUAUUUGGCAGUAGCAGCUGAUACAUGAUUCCAGAAGGUAUCCUUAUGGAUGAAUUGAAUGAAUACUUGUGGUCUUCCCACAUAUUCAUGCUGCUGAGAUCCAGGAGAAAUGAACUCAUGUAUUUCACAGUAAUUUAAAUUCCAUGUUGGCAGGUUCUACUAAGCCUGGGGACACCCAAUUCAAAAUAUCUCUGUUUAUGAGAAGUACUUCAAGCUACUUGCCUCUUUUCUCCAUGGGAGUAUUUUCACAUAGGAACCUACUGAUUCUCCUGGGAAAUCAUACAGUAACUCUUUGAUAGUUAGAGCUGUUUUUUUUGUGUAUGUGCAUCCCUUCACGGGUAGGGUUGGGAGGGCAUGUAAUUGCUGAAGAUGAGAGUUAAUGAGUAUUUUUCUUGUAACUGAUGACUGUAAAUACACAAAGAUGGCCUAAGUGGGAAUUUUGGUAACAUUAGAGUGCUUUAAGCUCUCCUCUGAGAAGGGUUGAAGCUAGAUCAUGAUAAAAUAGUUUUCAAAAGAGAUUUUAAAGAAUUUACAGGGCUUACUCAAUUUACAUCCUGUCUUGGGUAACAUUAUUCAAGCAAGCCUGUUCAAAUUGGUUAUAUUUUUAGAAGAGAAUCCUCACUGAAUUACUUUUUAAAAAUAUGCAGUCUUUAGUGUAUAGAUCUCUGUAGAUCAGAGAAUACAUUUCUACAUCAGCAUUUUACCAGAGCACUAGGAAAUGAUUUUUAUUUGCUUGAAUGUGAAAAGUAGUUGGUCAACUAAGGAUUCUUCUGUUAAGCCAAAAGGAUUAGGGCUUUUUUGCCUGCCUGUUAAUUUUAGUGUUUUCCUUAUUGUUAUCAAAUGACAUAAUAUUUUAUUCUUCAUAAUUUGUAUUAUUAAGAGAACAGUACGACCGCUCUCUUCAAGUGGGCUGUUCUUGAUCUGAAUUGUAGACUGCACUCAGAACAGGAGCAAGCUUGGUGUUCUUGAGCAAUUCUCAAUGCAAGAGAACAUACCUUCUUCCUAUGGAUCUCAUUUUAAGAUUUUUUUAAAGGUAGACCAGAACACUGUAAAUUACAUUCCCUUUGUUCUACUUACCAAAGCGUUAAAUACAGUCUUCAUACUUGAAGAGGGUGUUUUGAAAGUGAUCAUUGUUCUUGGGGCAGUGAAUGCUAUUCUAGCUUUCACAAGUUGUUCUGCCUUACUUUCAUAUCCAUUGUUAGAAAAAUGUAAUUACAUGAACACAAAAUACAUCUACUGGGUCAAAGCCCUUUAGCCCAGGAUGCCCUCUCUGAUGGUAGCAAAACCCAAAUGCUUAGGAAGGAGUAUGAAAAUAGACAAGCAUAUGAUACUAUUUUCUUGCAUAAACCCUCCCACUGUCCAGCAGCCUGUGGCUUGAAGAUGAUCCGAGAGAAAAAUUGUAUAAUUAUCUGUGUUUAAUAAUUCCUGCUAUACUUUUUUUUUCCAUUACUUUUGUCUAAUUGCUUUCUUGAUUCAUUGUAUUUGUUGCUUCCAUAAUACUAUAGGGCACUGAGUUCCACCAUUUAAUUGCACCAUGUAAAAAACAAUAAAUACAAUUGUAAAUACAAUUUACGCAAUAGAUUCUGACUUGGUUGGUCUUGCUUUCAUUCAGACUGUUAGCUGGGAUGCAGCUGACUAAAUGCUUUAAGUGUAGGUAUUUUUCUAGCAUAUCCAAUGAAUAGAUGUUGUUAAUAAGGAUUUAAAAGAUUGCCUUCAACCAUAUCUAACUUUUUUCUAUUUAUAAGAAUAUUUAGCUGGGACAAACCUUAAAUGUCACCUAAAUGAGCCUUUCAGCAUUUGCACAUAUGCCAACAUAACAUGCUGAGCUACUCUAUAGUGGAUGCUAGGUCUUGUAUUUCCAAAGUUCAGGCCACAGUUUUGCUUAGGAUAUUGUUCUCAGGGAGGUAACUAAACCAGAGUAUCUAUUCCUUGCUGACGUGUCUAGCGUAGGUUUGUUAUAAAGCUUCCAGGUAAAUAGUUUUGCCUGUAGGCUUGUGGAGGUGCACGCAGGCUGAGCUGUUUAAUACACAUUGUGGGAUGAACAGUCAUGUAAAAAAUACAGUAAAGUAAAAUUGAUAUCAUUUGAAAUGUUUAUUUUCCAGAGCUCCUUUUGUACGUUAAAUGCACAGCAGUGACUUUUCUCUCUGUUAUACAGAGGAGCCAAUAUACUGUUACACACCACACAACUUCACCCGCGAUCAAGCCUUGUAUGCCAGAGGAUAUUGUUGGACAGAAUUAAAAGAUGCCUUGCCAGGAGUUGAUGCCAGCCACUGGCCCUCCUUGUUUGAGCAUAAGUUCCUACCUUAUGCACUGCUGGCUUUUGCUGGGAUAAUGUACAUUCCAGCUCUGGGCUGGGAAUUUCUGGCCUCCACUCGACUGACUUCAGAGCUUAAUUUUUUGCUUCAGGAGAUUGAUAAUUGCUACCACCGUGCAGCUGAAGGACGGGCACCAAAAAUAGAGAAACAGAUCCAGUCCAAAGGCCCGGGGAUCACAGAGAGAGAGAAAAGAGAAAUCAUUGAGAAUGCAGAGAAGGAAAAAAGCCCUGAACAGAACUUGUUUGAGAAAUACCUGGAAAGAAGAGGACGAAGUAACUUCUUAGCUAAGCUUUAUCUCGCAAGACAUUUGUUCAUCAUCUUUUUAAGCAUCAUACCAAUUACAUACUUAUCCACCUACUAUGCUACACAGAAGCAAAAUGAAUUUACGUGUGCUCUAGGAGAGCCUCCAGACAAGACAAGCAGUUCCAAAUUACACAUCAGAGUGAACUGUAAGCUGCCAUCUGUCCAGCUCCAGAGGAUAAUUGCAGGUGUAGAUAUCUUUCUCCUCUGCUUUAUGAACUUGAUCAUCCUUAUCAACUUAAUUCACCUCUUUAUAUUUCGCAAGUCCAACUUCAUAUUUGAUAAACUGAACAAAGUUGGAAUAAAGACCAAGAAACAGUGGCAGAAGUCCCAGUUUUGUGACAUCAAUAUUUUGGCCAUGUUUUGUAAUGAGAAUCGGGACCACAUAAAAUCAUUGAACCGUCUGGAUUUUAUUACGAAUGAAAGUGAUCUGAUGUAUGACAACGUGGUGCGCCAACUGCUGGCGGCGCUGGCCCAGUCUAAUCAUGAUGCCACCCCAACCAUGCGUGAUUCAGGGAUCCAGACAAUAGACCCCAGCGUCGACCCAGCAGACAUCGAUGGCAAUGAGCAGCUCAUCAUUAAGAGACCAAGGAAGAAGAUGAAAUGGAUCCCGACUACCAAUCCACUUCCUCAGCCUUUCAAGGAGCAGUUAGCCAUUAUGAAGGUCGAAAACCAUAAACCUGAAAAGCCUAAGCCUGUGCGGAGAAAAACGGCGACGGAUAGCCUUAUUGCUCCUUUGUUAGAGUCUGCUGCAAAAACCUCACAGCAAUCAUCAGCUCAUAAAACUGAGUCAAACGCUGUCCCGAGCACAGGCAGUGAAAAGAAGCACACGCGGCACUUUUCCUUGGAUGUACAUCCAUAUAUACUUAGCAGUAAAAAAACCAAGCCAGAGAUUCCAGCCAUCCCCUCGAUGCCUACAUCAAAAAGCCAAGAGGGUGGAUUUCUAAACCAGGAAGAGAAUGUCAUAGUACACGUUACCUCCUCUCUCAAAGACACCCCUCAUCCUGCAAAAGAGAUGCUGUACUCAUCUGAGACGUGCAGAACUGUGCCUGCUGCUGGGGCUUUUGUCACAUGCAACCACAACCAUAUAGCCACGACUGCUGCAACAGGUAUGACUUUGAACCCAGCCAAAGCAGAACCAGCCCCUGCGCUGAACUGCAACCCCACCCACCCUCUGCUGCACAUCAACACGCUGUAUGAGGAUCACGAGGAGGAAGUUUCAAACAUAAUCGACAAUGGGAUUCACUCUCCAGCUGACGCAGGGGAAAUUCUCUCCAUCCCCACCCCUAAGCAGAUACGGCUGGCAACGUUUGACGAACCGAUGGCAAUCGUGAGCUCGGUGGAGUACUGAAGUUCCAUGGCUGCUCUCUGGUGGCCAAGUCCAAGGCAACUGCAGUGAGAAGCGUCGUCCCUCAACACUGCACUUCACUGCAUGAGCAUGGAGAGCUUUCAUACGAACUGUAGCUCUUGGUAGUAACACCAAACCGUUUUUCAGGAUCACGUCAUGAGCACUGUCAUUUACAACAUAGAAUAAGUAAAACCUGGUGGAAGUAGACCUUUAACACCAAGACAACCAUUAGCUCUAGCUCUGAACUGUAGCUUCCCGAUUGAAUUGGUUUUAGCACAACUUACGAACAUUAGAAGUCUGCUGGCAUGCCGCAGUAAUUUUAGUGAGUAUUUAAACCGUUUGCAUUCAGAAUCGCUGAUGAAAGUUAAAAAGGCACAGAGGUGAGGUAUGCUUUUUUUAAUGGCAGCAGUUAAAAAAGAGUUUUUUUCUAAGCUGAGAGGAUUUUUUUUUUCAAUUCAGGGUUACGAAAAAGUUAUAUGCAAGCAAAUUUUGGUUUGUUUGUUUCUUUAGCUCACUGACAUUGGGCUCGGUGGAGACUUAGCUGAAAGGGCCUUACUACCACCAGCAGCAUUUAAGUGCAAAAGGAAUGGAUACUUUCAACCUCUUGCAUUUAUAAAUGAAAAUACCUGAGGUAUGCCCCGCCCUUUAACGAGCUUUUAUGUUUGAUGGAAGAUGCUGAAAUGAAGAGUUUAUUUUUUUAAAUAUAUUUUACCAUGGGAAAAAUUACUUUAAUAACUUUUCAAACCAGGUGUUUGUUGCUUUUAACAAAAUGUGUAGAAGAGAGUCAUUGUAGCUGCUUAUUUUUCAUAGUGUAUUUAUGAACCAGGUUAGAAACUUCUAUGGGUGCUUCACUGAUGAAAAAUCUUACAGAGGUUGUUACAAAAUAUCUUACAAAAUACAAAACCAGCAAAAUCAUAUUCAAAUCACAGGAUUAAAGAAGCCUAUGAAUGUAGGUGUCUGCGCUUGGCUAGUUCUUGAUUCAGCAAACACUUAAGGCUAUGGAUGUCACUGACAUGACCCAUAUGUUCUUUCUAAAGCUAAGCACAUACUGAAGUGGCUUUGCUGGAUCUGGACUCUAGCGCAAGCAGACAAUGAUCCUGCUGUAUGUGCUAUCAUUCUGAUUCAAUAUUUGCCUUCCUUGGCUCAAAGCACAUCUUCAUCCCCAUCUUCCUAUAACUUUGAUAUGUGUGAUUUAAUAGGAAAUUAUAGUAUAACUAAAACAUCUAUUAAAAAUGUAUCAUGCAAUAACCAUUCUCAGCAAAAUGAUAGUGAAACAAAAAGUGACUGUGUUCAAAUAAUAUUACUACCAGAAUUAUGGGCUAUGUGUGUUUGCAUCAAAUUAUGUAUAAUGAAUGGUAGAAGAAAUAUGCAGCACAAAUACAGGAUUGAAAUCUUGAAUUUAUUUUUAAUUUAUUACCUCAGACAUGGAUAUAUGAUACCAGUAUUUAAUGAAAAUAGCACUGAAAAUAAAUACAUAUUAUUCUGAAUA